CAUUGGUACCUAAUAAGGUUAAAUGUUUACAUCUUUUCUUUCCCUGUGAAUUUGGAGUUUAAAUGCUCUGACAUCCUAAUUGUUUGAAGAGUUGCACACUUAAGAUUCACAAUUAAUUGAUCUGCAUCAUUUAAAGUACACCUCCUCUACAUCAGCACAAUCCUACUCCUCAGCAAGAACAAGAUAAAGCACUUUGAUUUGGAACUCUUUACUCACUGGUUAUCUUAAGUCAUUCUCAGCUGUACUUAUUGCACAAAGAGUUACUGAAAGUUACCUGUAACAAGGUCAUCGAAUCAUGAAUCUAAAGUCAGCCUCCUGAGGCUUUUAAAAAAUAUGUUCUUCUGUUAGAAGAAAACACAAACACUAAAAAGAACUGAGAUUUGGGUAAUGACAAUUUUCUAAGUGCACCUUUCCAAAGAGCACUGGUGACAAAUCCUUUGGUUCUUCUGAGUGACAAUCACCACACAGAAGUUCCCACUCCUGAGGAAACUCUUCAGAUGGGUGUUUUACAGUGCCACAAAUGCUAAAACACAAAUGCCCUCUGUCCAUUUUACACCUCCAACUAAUUUAAUACUAAUGUAGCUCAUUCAUAACAUUCUUCUGCCAGCUAAGCAUUGCUUUCUUGCAAAAAUUCCAAAAUGCUGCUGGCAUAGUUCUGUCAACAAAACAAGGACUUUCAUUACCUUAUCUUUUGUGAAAUAACAGGAAUGGGGGGUGGCAGGGGAGAAAGUGGGAGAGGGAAAGAUACCUGCUAAUGUGUUUGUAGAAGGGAGGAAAGAGGUUUUUACUGGAGCAAAGAAAGAACAGGAAGAUUAGCAAAGAAUCAGGAAGUAACAAGACAAACAUAUAUUGGAAAGUCAAAUCAAAGACAUGUCAGAUCAGUGCAGUUCAGCAAAAUGGCAGUUGUGCUCACAGUGCUGGUGUUAUUCUUAGCUGGGUUUCUUGCUGGACUUAUAUUAUUGGUCAUAGGGGCAAUUAAUUUUGACUUUUCCAACUCAGAAAUUCCUCCUGGACUGGCUCAGCCUGCAAAGCUCCGAAUCCUUCAUAUAAUUUUAAUAUGCACAGCUGUGGUGGGAAGGAUUUUGGAAAACAUUGGCAUCUGCACUCAGGUGAGCUUUGUGCGGUACAUGCAAGGAAGAAAGACUCUGGGGGCGGACCCGAAGCUCCUCAUUAAGGAUCUGUGGUUUGAGAAAGUGCCUGUAAGGAUUUACCAGCCUAAGGCUCCAUCUGCCAGCCAAAGGAGAGGAGUUAUGUUCUUUCAUGGAGGAGGAUGGGUAUUUGGAAGUCUUGAGACCCACGAAGAGCUGUGUCGUUUUAUUGCCAGAGAAAGCGAAUCUGUGGUUGUGUCCGUGGGGUACCGUUUAGCCCCUGAGCACAAAUACCCCGCUGCGUACGAAGACUGUCUGAACGCCACACAGCACUUCCUGCAGCACCUGGAGCGCUACGGCGUGGAUCCUGCCCGCGUCACUGUCUGCGGGGACAGCGCUGGGGGCAACCUGGCAGCUGCUGUGAGCCAGACCCUGGCAGGCAGGGCAGACCUCCCCAGACUCCGUGCUCAGAUCCUCAUCUACCCAGGCCUUCAGGCUCUGGACUUCAAUUUGCCAUCCUACCAACAAAACCAGGGAGUCCCUCUGCUCUUCCGGGAACGUGCUGCUUUCUAUAUGCUGCAGUACCUAAAUGGAAAUGCAACAAAACUGGAAGAGGUCUUGGAAGGUUCCCAUAUUCCUAUAGAUAUUAAAUUAAAGUAUAGAAAGUGGGUGAGUCCAGACAACAUCCCUGAGGAAUUUAAGGUCAGAGGCUACAAACCACGUGUGCUACUUGACUGUACAACUGAAGUUUAUGAGACAGUGAAGAGAUUCUGUGAGCCCAACCUGUGCCCUCUGUUGGCUGAAGACUCUGUUGUUCACCAGCUGCCAGAAUCCUUCAUCCUGACGUGCGAGUACGACGUGCUGAGGGACGAUGGCUUGUUGUACAAGAAGAGGCUGGAGGACAACGGGGUUCGAGUGACCUGGUACCACCUGGAGGAUGGAUUCCAUGGAGUCAUAAACUCAUUUAAUAGUGCCUGGUUGUCAUUUCCAGCUGGAAAAAGGGGCCUUGAUAAUAUUGUGAAUUUUCUAAGAAGCUUAUAGCAACAUUUUUCUAUGUUUCUGUAAGAAGUGCCAAAUUUCUGUGGUCUUGUAUGCUUAUAUUCCAUAUAAGAAGUUCAUAUAGGACAAAUUAUUAAUAAAAAAUUAUGCCAGUGUGAUUACCAUGAAAGAAAUUUCAAGAAUAGCUUCUUUUAAUGCUGUUUGAAGUAGUCCAUGCACAGUCUGCCUAUUUUAAUCAUCUGUUUGGACUUGAUACUUGUCCAAUAUGAGUGCUGCUCUCUCCGAACAUAUAAAAGAUGAAGUAAAAUUUUAAGCCAA